GGCUGGCCCGGGAUCAGGGAGCCGAUGUGGAAUUUCCUGCCCGGCCCGGCGCCCCUCCUGCCGCCCCCCGCCCGGCCGCGCACUCCGCUUCCGGCCGCUCUCGCUGCGGCCGCACCCGCGCCCGCCCCGCGCCUGCCCCGCGCCUCAUGGAGGGCGCAGGGCCCCGGGGGGCAGGGCCGGCGCGGCGCCGGGAUGCCGGGAAGCUGCCGUCGCCGCUGCCGCCGCCGCCGCUGCUGCUGCUGCUGCUCUGGCUGCUGCCCGGCUCCGCGGCACCGCAGGAGCUGAACCCGCGCGGCCGCAACGUGUGCCGCGCGCCCGGCUCCCAGGAGCCUGCGUGCUGCGCUGGCUGGAGGCAGCAGGGCGACGAGUGUGGGGUCGCGGUGUGCGAGGGCAACUCCACGUGCUCGGAGAACGAAGUGUGCGUGCGCCCGGGCGAGUGCCGCUGCCGCCAUGGCUAUUUUGGUGCCAACUGCGACACAAAGUGCCCGCGCCAGUUCUGGGGCCCCGACUGCAAAGAGCUGUGUAUCUGCCACCCGCAUGGGCAGUGCGAGGACGUGACAGGCCAGUGUACGUGUCACGCGCGGCGCUGGGGCGCACGCUGCGAGCAUGCGUGCCAGUGCCAGCAUGGCGUGUGCCACCCGCGGAGCGGCGCGUGUCGCUGUGAGCCCGGCUGGUGGGGCGCGCAGUGCGCCAGCGCGUGCUACUGCAGCGCCACGUCGCGCUGUGACCCACAGACGGGCGCGUGCCUGUGCCACGCAGGCUGGUGGGGCCGCAGCUGCAACAAUCAGUGCGCCUGCAACACGUCGCCGUGCGAGCAACAGAGCGGCCGCUGCCAGUGCCGCGAGCGCACGUUUGGCGCACGCUGCGAGCGCUACUGCCAGUGCUUUCGCGGCCGCUGCCACCCUGUGGACGGCACGUGCGCCUGCGAGCCGGGCUACCGGGGCAAGUACUGCCGGGAGCCGUGCCCAGCCGGCUUCUACGGCCUGGGCUGCCGCCGCCGAUGCGGCCAGUGCAAAGGCCAGCAGCCUUGCACGGUGGCCGAGGGCCGCUGCCUGACUUGUGAGCCUGGCUGGAACGGCACCAAGUGCGACCAGCCGUGCGCCACCGGCUUCUAUGGCGAGGGCUGCAGCCACCGCUGCCCGCCCUGCCGCGACGGGCAUGCCUGCAACCACGUCACUGGCAAAUGCACUCGCUGCAACGCGGGCUGGAUCGGCGACCGGUGCGAGACCAAGUGCAGCAAUGGCACUUACGGCGAGGACUGUGCAUUUGUGUGCGCCGACUGCGGCAGCGGCCACUGCGACUUCCAGUCGGGGCGUUGCCUGUGCAGCCCCGGCGUCCACGGGCCCCACUGUAACCUGACAUGCCCGCCUGGGCUUCACGGCGUGGACUGCGCUCAGGCCUGCAGUUGCCACGAGGACUCGUGCGACCCAGUCACUGGUGCCUGCCGCUUGGAGACCAACCAGCGCAAGGGCGUGAUGGGAGCCGGUGCGUUGCUUGCUCUGCUCCUCGGCCUGCUGCUCUCGCUGCUCGGCUGCUGCUGCGCCUGCCGCGGCAAGGACCCGGCGCGCGGGGAGCUCACGCUCGGGAGGAAGAAGGCACCGCAGCGACUGUGUGGUCGCUUUAGCCGCAUCAGCAUGAAGCUGCCACGGAUCCCGCUCCGGAGGCAGAAGCUGCCCAAGGUCGUAGUGGCCCAUCACGACCUGGAUAAUACACUCAACUGUAGCUUCCUGGAGCCACCGUCGGGGCUGGAGCAGCCCUCGCCAUCAUGGUCCUCCCGGGCCUCCUUCUCCUCCUUUGACACCACUGAUGAGGGCCCUGUGUACUGCGUACCCCAUGAGGAGACCGCAACCGAGAGCCGGGACGCGGAGGCCCCCACAGGCCCUACCGAGGCGCUGGCGUCAUCCCCCGCGCCGGUGACCACACCGACGUCCGCAGAGGAGGCGACUCCCCUCCCUGCGUCCUCUGACAGCGAGCGGUCAGCGUCGAGCGUGGAAGGGCCUGGCGGGGCGCUGUAUGCGAGGGUGGCUCGGCGCGAGGCCCGGCCGGCCCGGGCCCGGGGCGAGGCCGGGGGCCUGUCGCUUUCGCCGUCUCCCGAGCGCAGGAAGCCGCCUCCACCCGACCCUGCCACCAAGCCCAAGGUGUCCUGGAUCCACGGCAAGCACGGCGCCGCUCCCGCUGCCCGUGCGCCCUCACCGCCACUCCCGGGACCCGAGGCCGCGCCCAGUCCCAGCAAGAGGAAACGGACGCCCAGCGACACGUCGGCGCGGCCGGAGGAGCCCGGCAGCCCCAGGGCCCGCGACCCCACGCCACGGCCCCCGGGGCUGGCGGAGGAGGGGCCAGCUCUCGCCUCUCCGUCGCCGCCUAGAGCUCGGGCGCGGGGUCGCGGCCCUGGCCUCUCGGAGCCCACGGACGCUGGCGGUCCCCCGCGCAGCGCUCCCGAGGCCGCCUCCAUGCUCGCCGCGGAGCUGCGCGACAAGACUCGCAGCCUGGGCCGCGCCGAAGGGGCUCCCGGCGCGCAGGGCCCGCGAGAGAAGCCGGCGCCGCCACAGAAAGCCAAGCGCUCGGUGCUGCCCGCCUCGCCGGCCCGCGCGUCCCCUGCGCCCGAGGCCGCGGGGCCCGAGAAGGUGGCGGCCGGAGCGCCCGCGCCCGACACCCCCCGGAAAAAGACCCCCAUCCAGAAGCCGCCGCGUAAGAAGAGCCGGGAAGCGGCGGGCGAGCUGGGCAGGGCGGGCGCGCCCACCCUGUAGCAGGCGGUGGUCCCGGCCGCGCCCGCAGGUCCCCCAGGCUUAGCAGUGCUGCUUGCCUCCCCGCGUUCCGCGCCCGCCCGACGAGCCCCGGGGCGACCCGGCCACGGCGCCCUCCCGGGACCUCGCCUGGAGCAGCCUGGCGGGAGGCUGCGUCUUAUUGGCUCAGGCUCCAGCGGCGGCUCCUCAAUUGGCGGGAAGACCCCAUUCCAUUCGUUGAGGCCUGACAGGCGCUUAGCAAGCGACUCCCUCCCCAUUGGCCGAGAGCUCCGACCACCCAGGGUCUCGAAGGCCGAGAGACCAUCGAGAGACCAGUAAGAACUGGCCCAGAGUGCACUUGUGCUGGGGUACCUCCUCAUUGGUUGAGGCCAGAAGCACUUCUGCCUCGGCUGCCUCUCAUUGGCCAGGGCCUGGCGCCUCUGGCUAGAGGCCUCUUCUUGACGGUAGCCGAAGGCUACUUGCACUGGCCAGGCCCCAGGGCAUCUGGUUGACUGGAGCCUGGGGAGGAGGGCUGGUCUCUGCUCCUCAGGGGGCUCAGCGUCCCCUGGGCCCGGCCUGUCCCCCCCACUUUCCCUCCCUGCGCCCCCAACCCCAGCCUCCCUAGCCCUGGCCCCUCAGCUGUCGAGCUGGUUUUGAUGGCCUCCCACCACCCCACAUGCCGCGGGAAUCCGAGGGGCGACUCCAGUGGUCUGAGGAGAUGUAUUUAUAGGCCCCCGGUAGGGCUGCUCCCGCCCCAUCCGGGUGCCCCAGGAUGGGCUCCUCCCGGCAGGGGCUUGGCCAAAGCUUUCUUAUUAAACUGCCUUUUUAUUUUUU